AUGGAUGUGGAGAGGAUUAUCCAGAGCAUCAAACAGGGUGAUCAAGAUGGGGUGUUAACCCAGCUGCAGCAAUUUAACCGACAGUAUGCCGAAAACUUUUUCUUUGAUGUUGAGAAAUGGGAGAGGAAAAAGUUCAGGAAGAAUAAAGUACGAGAGUAUGUGUCUGAUUCUGAGUCAGAUUUUGAUGAUGAGUCUGGAGAUCCAGAUAUCAUUUUCAGACAGAACUUGGCCAUCGUUUUGAUACGAUUUCUUCGGUCUGAGCCAAAGGGUCAGCUUCUGAUGGCCUGUUUGUGUACCCUACGGAUCCUCUCCAGGGACAAAAAGGUUCUCGGUCCUCUGAUAACAGACACAGCUCUUCUCACUCUAGCCAGAAUAGGUGGCAUCAGCCACAUGCCUCUGCCUGAAGAUGACCUCGGUGACCAUCUUGACCCCUAUGAUGACAUCAUCAAAGCCAUUGCCAACACCAAAUUAAGCCUGCCAGACGAUGAUGAAAACGAUGGUAAAGACGAGGGAGACGAUAACUGUACGGACUAUGAGACUGCAGUGAAGAGCAGUGUUCACAAAGCCCUGACAAGAGGAAAGAGAGACAGCAGAGGGAGCACUGGAGGAGAUCAGGAAAAGGAGGAAGAGGGAAAGGAAGAUGAUGAAGAGGUACAGAGGAAAGAGGCCAUGAAAGUCCUUUGUAACAUUAUCUACAACAGUACUUGGGCGCAGGAGAGAGCCAGUGAGCUCAGCCUCCUCUGUGGUCUCACUGAGAAACUGGCCAAGGAGACACAGUCAGGGUUGCCCUCUUGUGGUCAGUUUUAUGAACUGCGCUUUAUGUUCUUGAUAACAGCAUUGAGACCUGAGCUGAGAAUACAGUUAAAACAGGAGGGAGGAGUGUCUUUGCUGACGUCAGUAUUGGAGCAGUGUCUGUCAGUGCAGUGGAAACAACCUUAUGAAGUAGUGCUGGAUCCCAGUGCUCCCCCUGUCUCUGUAGAGAACUCACAGCGAGCACAGGAGAUACUGAAGAUUCUCUUUAACGUUACAUAUAGCACACACACACAAGAACCUGAGGAGGAAGAUGCUACUCUCUUUCGCCACCUAGCGGCAGUUUUACGUCACUGCCUGAUUAUUGCCAGUGAGAAUGAGGAUGACACUGAUGAACUGAAAGGACACACGGUGAACCUGCUUUCUGCUCUGCCUGUGAGUUGUCUUGACGUCCUGGUGUCUGUGCCUCUGACUCCAGACUCUCAUCAGUAUGAUGGCGUCAACAUGGAUUGUGUUCACUCCCUGUUAAUGUACAUGGAGAGAAGACUGGAACAGGGCAGUAAGGUGAAGGAAAGACUCACCCCCAUCCUAAACCUGCUGACGGAGUGCUGCAGGGCUCACAGAGAGACACGCCACUACCUCCGAGAACAGAUCCUGCCCCCUCUGAAAGAUGCCAGCCUUAGGCCAGAGCAGGGGACCACAAUGAAGAGUCGACUGGUCAGAUUAAUGACCCACAUUGACACAGAACUCAAGCACUGCGCUGCUGACCUGCUCUUUGUGCUCUGCAAGGAAAAUGUUGGAAGGUUUGUGAAAUACACUGGCUAUGGCAAUGCUGCCGGGCUGCUAGCCACCAGGGGCUUGCUUGGAGGUCAGAAGUCGAAGGACACCUCAUCAACAACAAAGUAUUCCAGUGACUCAGAUUCAGACACAGAGGAGUAUCGGCAGGUCAAAAGUCACGUGAACCCUGUGACGGGCAGGGUCGAGGAGGAACAUCCUGACCCAAUGGCAGGAAUGACAGAAGAGGAAAAAGAAGAAGAGGCUUGUCGUCUAAUGAGUCUAUUCAACAAACUCUCAAAGGAUAAUGUGAUUCAGCCGAUGGGACUGAACGCAGAGGGUCAGUUAACCCCUCUGUCAGGGCUCACAGAUCACUCAGUGGAGGAAGACAGACCUUCAGAUGAUGACCUGGAGGAUGUGGAGUAA